UCUCCCCGCCUCCCCGCUCCAGCCUCGGCCGGCGGAGCCCACUAUGCCAGACAGUUUCGACACUUUGCAAAGACAAAGAGACCUGGAGCAGCGGCAGCCGCCGGAGAGGGAGCAGCGGGAGGCGAUGUGAGCCGAGGAGGGGGCGCGGGUUCGGGACGCCACGCCCCUGGCACUCUCCUCGGACCCCAGCACGCCCCAGCCGAGAAAACUCCAGCGGGUCUGCAGCCGCGCGGGUCCCAUUUGCGGAUAGACCUCCCUGAGCUGCAGACUUCAGGGCUCUCAUGAGCCAGUGCUGUGAGCUUCGGGGCCGGGAUGUUUCUCUUCAUGGACCAGAUGUAGGCAGGUGCUCAGCCUUCCACGGUGGCUCCAGGAGACUGGUGGCCCAAAAGCCACGUGCAAGACCUGGGAUGUCGCUCUUCUCGCAAGCUGCUGCAGCCUGCUGGCAGAUCUGGAGACAGACACGUGCUCCCGGAUCAGAGACAGAUCCUGCGGCUCAUAGCAGGCAGGCGGGCAGAGCCGCGUGUUGCCUCCCGUGCACUUCUCCCUCAGGUGAAGAAACUGAGGCUCAGAGAGGUUAAGGAUCUCCCCUGAGGUCACACAGCUGCUCACAGAUGAGCGACGGCUCCUCCAGCCGGCCCCGGACCGCCUCACCUCCAGUGACCUCCCUCCGACCUGCGCCAGCCGAUUCCCGCCAGGCUUCAGCCCUGGGGACCCCAGACCUUCCUGGAGAUCAGUGAGCGCCCACUGAGCACCUGCGCCUGGGCACGGAGGCCACUGUCUCCAGGUUUAAUGAAAGCUCCGUCAGGAGACACGAUCAGCUUUUCAGGGAUUGCGGAAGCGGCGGGCUCCCGCGUCUGCUGAGCGCGCGCCACGCAUAGCCGCGGUGCGCCCCACGUGAAGUCGGGAAGCCGGGGGCGGCCGGUGCCCCAGGGGCAGUAAAGUCGACCACAGCCGCCCUUCAGAGCCAAGCUCCGCCUGUCCCGUGACUGCCCUCAGUUAGGAGUGCUCGUCCCCAGCCUGUCCGCAGGAGGCCUCCUCGGGAAACGGAAGAUGGUGACUCCGAGGAAAAGGACCCUCAAAGCGCUCGCCUUCCUCAUGCUCUUCAUCUUCCUCACCUCCUUCCUCCUGAACUACUCGCACACCAUGGUGGCCACCACCUGGUUCCCCAAGCAGAUGGUCCUGGAGUUCUCGGAGAACCUGCGGAAGCUCAUCAAGACCCGGCCGUGCACCUGCGCGCACUGCGUGGGCCAGCGCAAGCUCUCCGCCUGGUUCGACGAGCGCUUCAACCAGACCAUGCAGCCGCUGCUCACGGCUCACAACGCUCUCAUGGAGGAAGAUACCUACAGAUGGUGGCUGAAGCUCCAGAGGGAGAAGAAGCCCAAUAACUUGAACGACACCAUUAAGGAACUGUUCAGCGUGGUGCCCGGCGAUGUGGACCCCGUGCUGGAGAAGAGGUCGGUGGGCUGCCGGCGCUGUGCCGUGGUGGGCAACUCUGGCAACCUGCGCGAGUCCUCCUACGGGCCGGACAUAGACAGCCACGACUUCGUGCUGAGGAUGAACAAGGCGCCCACCGUGGGCUUUGAGGGCGACGUGGGGAGCAAGACCACCCACCAUCUGGUGUACCCCGAGAGCUUCCGGGAGCUGGGGGAGAACGUGAGCAUGGUGCUGGUGCCCUUCAAGACGAUCGACCUGCAGUGGGUGGUCAGUGCCACCACCACGGGCACCAUCUCCCACACCUACGUGCCCGUCCCCGCCAAGAUCAAAGUGAAACAGGACAAGAUCCUGAUCUACCACCCGGCCUUCAUCAAGUAUGUCUUCGACAACUGGCUGCAGGGCCACGGGCGGUACCCAUCCACGGGCAUUCUGUCGGUCAUCUUCUCCAUGCACAUCUGCGAUGAGGUGGAUUUGUAUGGCUUCGGAGCCGACAGCAAAGGGAACUGGCACCACUACUGGGAGAACAACCCCUCGGCAGGGGCCUUCCGCAAGACGGGCGUGCACGACGCGGACUUCGAGUCCAACGUCACGGCCACCUUGGCAGCCAUCAACAAAAUCCGCAUCUUCAAAGGGAGAUGAUGCCGCGCGGUGGGAGGAAGGGCCGCGCCACGCAGCGCCGCGCCUGCACCUGCGCCGUCUCCAGGCCCAGCAUCGCCCGGAGCUGCUCUGUUGCCACAGCGCCGAGGGCCCGCCUCGGGGUGUGCUCGGGUGCCACUCACAGCUUCGUGCACCCGGGCCUUGGGCGGCGUCCACUCAGCAAGGUGGCUCGGCUCAGAACCUGUCUCAGGUGGGGCGGACCCCCCCCCCGACGGCUGCCCUUGGGGGAGACCCUGGGGAAGGUCCAGUCUCUGGACACUAAAAUCAUUUUGGCCUCUAGGGCAGCAGGGUGACAAACCUGAAAAGCCCUGGUGACAUCCCCCAAGGAGAUGGGCCAGGUGUGCCUGUGACCUCCACGCUGGGUCCCGUGGGCACAGAGCAUGGCUUCUCGCUUGGUGUGGCCCCUGUCACUCCUUCCUUGCCACACCCUGCGGAGAGGCCUCUGACCCCACGGGGCUUCCCAGAAACUUAGGAUGGGAGCAGGCACCUCUUCUGAUUGGAGUCAUCAGACUCCGUGGUUCUGAUGAUGGCCGAGCACAGAGCUGAUGGCUUCCAUGUGCCUUGGUAUUGGGGGGAAGAAAUGCAUGUAUCGGCUAGAAUGAAGCAGAAGGCCCCACACGCGGCAGGGGCCCCUCCCCCAGCCAGGUCCCCUGGCCCCGCCCCGCGUCCAGAGCAUCUUUCCCAGGUUCCUGAGCCAGUGCCCAGAGUGGGACAAGGCUCGGAUGCCAUUUGGCGCCGCUCCAGUGCCAAUUGGCCAUAGAAUGUCCCCCUCUGAUUUUCACGUGGUUGGGUUAGGAGCCCAUCCAGGGGCCCUGGCACAGCCGGCGUCCUCCCUGCGGGCCUGAGCUCUGGGCCCAGGCGCUGCUGGCUCCCUCUGUAGAGUCUGGGACCCGGGGCCAGGGGGCAUCUGAGCAGCGGGGACUGGCACAUACCUCAUCCCCUCGUCCCCACUGCUUGCUUUCUUCUUCCUCAGCCUUCCUGAUUAUUUAUUGAUUUCUUCGUUCAUUCAACUGACAUCGUGUGCACCUGUGCCCAUGCUGCUGGUGCCAGUGUGUCCUUCAGCUUGCUCUUACCCCGCCCCCAACCCCACCUCGGCAGCGGGCGGCCGGGGGCCCUACCGCAGGCUCAGUGUGUCUGGGGCACAUCUCGUGGUGUCAGCUCAGCAGGUUCCUGGGAUGCUGUGUGGCUCCACCUGGCCCGCCUUGGGGUCUCCCCGACUCAGCGGAACCUCCCUGGGGCCCGGUGGGCGGGGGAGCCGCAGGCAUCGGGGAACCGGGAGGGUUGGCUCAGCUACCGAUGCUGGGUCAGAAAAACCAUUCUUGCUGCAGAAAACGUUUCCUGAAAGGAGGCUGCUGGGGGUGGGGUGGGGGUGACAUUCUCCCGGGCAUGCGGGAGGGGUGAAGGGAGCGGGCUUGGGAGCCCUGGGCCCUGCCCGCCUCCGCUCAGGGUCCUCCACAGGCGGCAGUGACAGGUGCUCCGGGACCUCCGCCAAGGCACAGCGGGUUUCAGGCCGCUCAGAGGUCCCUGCAGGCCAGGUCUGUGAGGGUUCCCUGAGGGUGUGCACGGGCGCAUCUUGGCUGGGAGCAGGUUCCCUGGCUUUUAUUAGAUUCUCAGAGACUCGGAGUCCAGAAAGUGGUUUUUCUUUAAAAAAAAAAAAUCUCCCCCAAACGUAACACCUGCCCUGGCUGAUGCAGGCUGGCCAGGCUCUCAGCCGGCUGGGGGUCUGAUUAACCCCCCAGGACCGACUUGACCAAAGUGGGCACCAGGGCAGAGAGCCCCGGUGAACCCUGAAUCCCCCCGCCACUUCCCCUAACAGCUGAGUCUGUGUAGGGAUCCCAGGUUCAGGAUGAGCAGUGGCUGCUUUGGGCCCACUGAGCAUGCGUAGGUCCCUCAGUGGCCAUGGCGGCCCUGGACGCUGCCCAGGUGUCUGUGUCCCUGUGGUCUCUCUCUAUCACCCUGCAUCCCGUGAGGAGCUCCCAGCCCAUGAAUCCAGCUCUCGCAUUUCACAGAUGAGCAAAGCAGUGCCCCAUUGAAAGUGGCAGCAGCGCACCAGCUGUGACAGAUAGCACAAGUCAAACAGACCCUGAGCAAAAACAGGACCCACUGGUGCCAGAGGUGGGCGUGGCCACCAAGCCUGCACCCAGCAGCCUGGCCCACCCCCUGGCAGAGACACCCCUCGCUCUCCCCCCCGGCCCAGCCUGCUGUCCUCAUCGUGCACUUGGAUUCAUUCUCAGGGUACAGUCUCCAAAACUCACUGAAACCUCAUCUGCGUGUCUCCUGGGCUCAGCAGUGAGCACCCAAUGGCUUCACAGCCUGGCGUUGGGGCCAGAAGUAGAUGCACCGCUGGCUGCAGCCGACCCAAGCCCUCCCCGGGGGGAAGGUAGUUGAAGCCCACAAGAGAGUUUCUCGCAGAGGGUGCUGGGGCUGCCGUGGACGGGAGGAGGCGGAACCCCGGGGCCAGGCAGGUGCUCUGCAUCCACCCUGCACGCGCACACACAUGCACACUCACACACAGAGCCCGGGCAAAGGCAGGGUAGCCCCUCUGGGGCCCAGGGCUCUGAAAACAGCACCCAGAGCCAUCCCCGAGGUCACGACACCUGCAGAGUGCCCCAGCCUCCAGGGCAGAAGCCAAGCCCACCGCUGCCCUCUCCCACCCGUCGGGGGAGGCGGGACCAAUGGGAAGAAGAAAGCCUUCAGUGGCUGCCUUUGGAAGUCCCUGAUUGCCAGGCACCAGUAAACCCCGUGGGUCAUACUCAGUGGGAGAGGCUAGGAAGAUCGCAGGACCCUGGCUUGGGAAAGCAGACGGGGAGCGGUGGCAGGUGGGUAGGGGUGAGUGGAUCUUUUGAUGAAGGGGCUGUGGCCGGAGGGGUCCCCGGAGGCCAGUACUACCUCCUUGUGAAUUGGGCCUCUGGGUAAAGGGGGCCAGAAGCACAGAGAACACAGACAGCCACGAUGGCUGCGUUCCCUGCUGUUGUCCAGGUGGCCCGAGAGCCCGUGAAACAGACUAGGACAGAACUCAUUUUCUCUCGCCUGGUUAUGACUGGAAGCCCGCGUCCUGGGCAGCUGCAAUGCAUCCUGGUCCAGCCACGGGUGCUGGAGCCCGGGCCUCGGUGGCUGUGCACGCCCCACUGCAGAGCUCCUGGGGUAUCUCCGUGUCCACGGUGGGCGUCUGGUGCGAAGCAAGCCCUGCCACCUGCCCCCAGCUGCUCCCCCAUCCCCCCGCAGGCGUCCCUCCUCUUGCCGUGAGAACACCAGCCCUUGCAGCCCCCGCUGGCACCUGCACCUGUGCUGGGCAAAGCAGGGAGUGGAGGGAGGCAGCUUCUUGUGGGGCAGCCCUGCCGUGGGCCAGGCUGUGAGCAACCCCCCCGCCCAGCGGAAGAGCACUGAGCCCUGUGCCGGCAGCGGUGAGCCAGCUGUCACUCGGUGUCCGUCCCAGAUGACUGCGGGGCCCUGGCCCUCCCCCUGCGUGCCCGCUUCAGCCCCUCCCCAGCUUCCCUUCACAGCCAAAGUCUCUUGAGCACUUUUCGUCUUUGUGGUGCGAGUGUCUGGGUGUUGGUGUUUCCCACGGGGCUGCUUUCUGCCCCCCCCCACUGCUCGAAGGCAGCUGGGUGUGUUCUGAAUGACAGUAGCGAGUCUGCUUCCCCCAGCCCUUGCUGUGUUUUAUUUAUUGUCGAAUAUUUCCAAUGAUCCGAAUCAAAGCGAAUAAAGAAGAGCUAUUUUAUCGUU